CAUUAGGUCACCUGAGCAUUGUGAGACGGGAGGUGCGAGGUACGGGCGAUAUGACGGAGGUGGUCGACCUGAUCGGCCACUUCGGGCCUUGGCAAGCCUGUUUCAUGGCCUACGUCACCUACCGUGGCAUACUUACGGGUCUGAACAACCUCGCCUACGUGUUCCUCGUCACCGACCACGACCACUGGUGCUCGCGCCCAUCUCUGCCGGACGGUGUGCUCGCAAACCUCAGCGAGACCGAAUGGAAGGAACGGUUCAUCCCGUUCGACCCGCAGUCCAAGUCGUACAGCCAGUGCUCCGCGUACGGCUUGCUGGACAAUUCCACCGAUGGCGAGCUCAUUCCCGACAACAGCUCGGUGAAGAGCUGCGACGCUUGGACGUACGACGAGCAUGUGUUCGGACACACGGUGACGGACGAGUGGAAUCUCGUGUGCGAUAAUACAUGGAAGAGGUCACUGAUACAAAGCACCUACAUGGCUUGCUUGAUGUUGGGCAUUCUCGUCAUAGGUAAUCUGUCAGACAGAUUUGGAAGGAGAAUUGUGGCGGUUCUAAGCACUAUCUGCCUGUGCGCUUCCUCGUUUGCACUGACGUUCAGUUCGAGCCUCAACUUCUUUCUGACAGCCAGAGUGGGCGUGGCCGUUGCAAUUUCCGGACUCCAGGUGGCCUGCUUCAGUCUACUGGCAGAAACCAUUGGGCCGAAAUUUCGGAUUGCACUUAAUGUGUGCUACGGCUACGGCUGGAUUACCGGAGUACUUCUGCUACCUUUAAUCGUAUGGCUUGCGCAAGACUGGAGGAAACUGCUUAUCGUUCAAGCAUCUUUCGCAAUGCCCCUCUUAUUGGCCAUUCCAUGGCUGUACGAGUCGCCCAGGUGGCUCGUAAGCAUGGGAAAGCAAGCUGAAGCGUGCGAUGCAAUCCGCAAGAUUGCGCGGUUCAACAGGAGGCAGCUUCGGGACGUCGAAAAAGAAGUGGACAGUCUAUUGAAGAGAAAACAGAACGCCGCGCAAGGUCACCAGAGCAACGUGUCAGUUUUUGGACUCUUCAAGACAAAGUACCUACGAAGAAACACUCUGGUGCUGGUCACCGUCUCCUUCCUGUCCUACAUAGUGUACUACGGAUACGCGAGGACUGCCACUACUCUCGGCGGAAACCCUUACCUGAACUUUGGCAUCGCCGCUGGUCUGGAAUGCGCGGGCUACACUGUGUCCCUCGUCACCACCAAAUAUCUCAGGCGAAUUCCCACCAUGAUUUCGAGCUACGGAUUCUUCACUCUCACCCUGCUCAUAACGGCAUUCACGCCCAAAGAGUAUCUAGCCCUGCGAACGACUAUCCGCAUGGCCGGCUGGUUCACAUACACGUUAGGCUACACCACUCAGUUCGUGUUCAUCAACGAAAUGUUCCCCACCGUCGCUCGAAGCGGAGGCUUCGGGCUGUGCACAACUGUCGGCCGCUUGGGGGCCGCAAUAGAACCUUGGAUCAACGUCUUCUUGAUGUCGUGGGGUGAAAAGACUGUUCUUAUUUUGUACUCGGCGAUGCUUUUUGUUAUAUCCGCUGCGAUGAUUUUGCUGCCGGAAACAUUUGGCAGCCCUCUGCCCGACACUCUCGAAGAAGGCGAGCUCUAUUCAGCACUCAAGUUAUCGAAGAAAAUGAAAGCUGCAAGAAGAAACACAGAUUUGUACAGCGUUGUGGAAAGAGAGGACCGGGAUUAGGUGAACAAGAUCUGAGCCGGCGUAUACUUAACUGAAAUAAACAGUUACAA